AUGGACGCGAUACGGAAGCAGCUCGACGCGCUGAUGGGGGCCAACAGGAACGGGGACGUGGAAGAGACGAACAAAAAUUACUACGACCGGGAUGUUUGUCGCGCGUUCCUGUGUGGCCUCUGUCCGCACGAUCUGUUCACGUUAACGAAAAUGGAUCUUGGACCCUGCUCCAGGGAGCAUUCGCUCCGCCUGCGAAAAGAGUAUGAGGAGGCGAAGGCGAAAGGAUUGGUGGACUACGAGCGAGAGCUGGAGGGAAUUCUGGAGAAGCUGAUCGUGGAGUGCGAUCGCAAGAUCCAACGGUCGUUCAAGCGCCUGGAGGACGAGGAGGGCGCUGCUGCGCUGAACGCCGUUAAAGUGUCUCAAGUCACUGAUUCACCGGAAUCGAUAGAGCUGACAAAGAAGAUCUAUCAGAAAAUGGCGGAGGUCGAUCAGCUGGAGAUGGAGAACAGGAUGGACGACAAGAUUCGGGCCACGGAGGAACUGGAGAAGCUGAAGCAGGAGCGAGCAGACAAGCAGGCCGCAUCCAUUCUGGACGCGUUCAACAAGGAUCGCCUCUCGGGCCCACCAGCACCUGGAGGACCGGCGGUGGCAGCACCGGUGCUGAACCAGCCCGACAGCAAGACGCAGGAGAUGAUCAAAGAGAAGCUCCGACGGGCGGAGCAAGCUGGAGAGGAGGGGCGUGUGGACGAGGCUCAAAAGCUCAUGGAGGAGGCUGAUGCGCUCAAGAAGCUCUCCAUGGCUCCAAAGCUAGACCCGAUAGCAAGCCUUGGCUUUCAAAUCGCGGAUCAGAAGCUGCGGGUGUGCGACAUCUGUGGGGCGUUCCUCAGUAUCUUUGACAGCGACAGGCGGCUGGCUGACCACUUUGGGGGGAAGCUGCAUCUGGGCUAUCUCUUUAUCCGCGACAAGAUCAACGACAUUCGGGAGAAGAGGAGGAAGAAGGAUGAGUUGCGGCCCCGAUCUGAGGAGCGCAAGGAACGGGUUGACGAUCGAGACAAGGACAAGGAGAGAGAGAGGGUCAAGGAUGGGGACAAGGAUCGGGAUCGGGACAGAGACAGGGAGAGAGACAGAGACAGGGACAGGGACAGGGAGAGGGAUAGAUACAGGGAGAGGGAGAGGGAUAGAGACAGGGAGAGGGAUAGGGACAGGGACCGCGAUCGGGACAGGGACAGGGGGAGGGAGAGGGAUCGAGAUGACGACUGGGCGCGGGGCAGGGACCGGGACCGGCGCGGAAGGGAGUACGACCGCGACCGGAGGCACAGGUCCCGCUCACGCUCGCGAUCCCGCUCUCGUGACCGCCCCUCCAGGCGCUCAGAUCGCUACUGA